UCUCUGACAGUGGCCAUGGGGGCAGGCGCUCCAACAGGUCCAGCAGUGCCCCUUGAAUGUCGGUGCCAAGCUGCCUGCCCAGGGAGCCCCUGGGUGCAGAGGUGGCCACCCCUGCAUGGACACCGUGGACCCUGCCCCGAGGGGCAGGCAUCAACCUGCUUGACGGAUGGACUUUCUGGCCGAGACCAGCCCGUGGAGCUGCUAAACCCGGCCCGCGUGAACCACAUGCCCAGCACAGCAGACGUGGCCUCAGCCCUGCCUUUGCCGGUCGCGCCCCCGGCGGUGCCCAUGGAGCUGCGCCUGGACCACCAGUUCCCGCUGCCCGUGGCGGAGCCCACCCUCCGCGAGCAGCAGCUGCAGCAGGAGCUACUGGCCCUGAAGCAGAAGCAGCAGCUGCAGCGGCAGAUCCUCAUCGCCGAGUUCCAGAGGCAGCACGAGCAGCUCUCCCGGCAGCACGAGGCCCAGCUCCACGAGCACGUCAGGCACCAGCAGGAGCUGCUGGCCAUGAAGCACCAGCAGGAGCUCCUGGAGCAUCAGCGGAAGCUGGAGAGGCACCGCCAGGAGCAGGAGCUGGAGAAGCAGCACCGGGAGCAGAAGCUGCAGCAGCUGAAGAACAAGGAGAAGGGCAAAGAAAGCGCCGUGGCGAGCACCGAAGUGAAGAUGAAGCUGCAGGAGUUUGUCCUCAACAAGAAGAAAGCGCUGGCGCACCGCAACCUGAACCACUGCAUCUCCAGCGACCCCCGCUACUGGUACGGGAAAACUCAGCAUAGCUCCCUGGACCAGAGCUCCCCGCCCCAGAGCAGUGUGUCAGCCUCCUACAAUCACCCGGUCCUGGGCAUGUAUGACGCCAAAGACGACUUUCCUCUCCGUAAAACAGCUUCUGAACCAAACCUGAAAUUACGGUCCAGGCUAAAGCAGAAGGUGGCUGAAAGACGGAGCAGCCCCCUGUUACGCAGGAAAGAUGGGCCAGUGGUUACUGCUCUUAAAAAGCGUCCCUUGGAUGUCACAGACUCCGCGUGCAGCAGCGCUCCGGGCUCCGCGCCCAGUUCGCCCAACAACAGCUCCGGGAACGUCAGCGCAGAAAACGGGCUCGCGCCCGCUGUGCCCACCCUGCCAGCCGAGCCCAGCCUGGCACACAGACUCGUGACUCGAGAGGCAUCUGUGGCCCCACUGCCCCUGUACACAUCGCCAUCCUUGCCCAACAUCACUCUGGGACUUCCGGCCGCCAGCCCUUCCGCUGCUGCAGCCGGCCAGCAGGAAGCCGACAGACUCGCCCUCCCGACCCUCCCACAGCGCAUCUCCCUCUUCCCUGGCGCCCACCUCGCCCCCUACCUGGGCACAGCACCGCUGGAGCGUGACGGUGGGGCCGCGCACAACCCCCUUCUGCAGCACAUGGUCCUGCUGGAGCCGCCGCCCGCACAGACGCCCCUCGUCACAGGUGAGCACCCAUCAGGCUUGGGAGCGCUGCCCCUGCACGCGCAGCCGCUGGUCGGCGCGGAGCGCGCAGCACCGUCAGCACACAAGCUGCGGCAGCACCGGCCGCUGGGCCGCACGCAGUCAGCACCGCUGCCCCAGAGCGCGCAGGCCUUGCAGCAACUGGUCAUCCAGCAGCAGCACCAGCAGUUCCUGGAGAAGCACAAGCAGCAGUUCCAGCAGCAGCUGCACCUGAGCAAGAUUAUCCCCAAACAGAGCGAGCCGGCCCGGCAGCCCGAGAGCCACCCUGAGGAGACGGAGGAGGAGCUCCGUGAGCACCAGGCCCUCCUGGAGGAGCCCUACCUGGACCGGCGCUCAGGGCAGCAGGAGGCGCACGCGCUGGCGGGCGUGCAGGUGAAGCAGGAGCCCGUCGAGAGUGACGAGGAGGAGGCAGAGCCCUCCCGGGAGGCGGAGCCAGGCCAGCGCCCCCCUUCGGAGCAGGAGCUGCUCUUCAGACAGCAAGCCCUCCUGCUGGAGCAGCAGCGCAUCCACCAGCUGAGGAACUACCAGGCGUCAAUGGAGGCCGCCGGCAUCCCUGUGUCCUUCGGCGGCCACCGGCCUCUGUCCCGGGCUCAGUCCUCCCCAGCGUCUGCCACCUUCCCCAUGUCUGUGCAGGAGCCUCCCGCCAAGCCAAGGUUCACCACAGGCCUCGUGUAUGACACGCUGAUGCUGAAGCACCAGUGCACCUGCGGGAACACCAACAGCCACCCGGAGCACGCCGGCAGGAUCCAGAGCAUCUGGUCCCGGCUGCAGGAGACCGGCCUUCGGGGCAAGUGCGAGUGCAUCCGCGGACGGAAGGCCACCCUGGAGGAGCUGCAGACGGUGCAUUCAGAGGCCCACACCCUGCUCUACGGCACAAACCCCCUCAACAGGCAGAAACUGGACAGUAAGAAACUUCUAGGCUCUCUUACCUCGGUGUUCGUCAGGCUGCCCUGUGGUGGUGUAGGGGUGGACAGUGACACCAUUUGGAACGAAGUGCACUCGUCAGGGGCGGCCCGCCUGGCCGUGGGCUGUGUGGUGGAGCUGGUCUUCAAGGUGGCCACGGGGGAGCUGAAGAACGGCUUUGCUGUGGUCCGCCCCCCUGGACAUCAUGCAGAGGAGAGCACGCCCAUGGGUUUCUGCUACUUCAAUUCCAUAGCCGUCGCAGCCAAGCUUCUCCAGCAGAGGCUGAAUGUGAGCAAGACCCUCAUAGUGGACUGGGACGUGCACCACGGGAACGGGACCCAGCAGGCUUUCUAUGGUGACCCGAGUGUGCUGUACAUCUCCCUGCACCGCUACGAUGACGGGAACUUCUUCCCGGGCAGCGGGGCGCCAGACGAGGUGGGCACGGGGCCCGGCGUGGGCUUCAACGUGAACGUGGCUUUCACCGGUGGCCUGGACCCCCCCAUGGGGGAUGCGGAGUACUUGGCAGCUUUCAGAACGGUGGUCAUGCCGAUCGCAAACGAGUUUGCCCCGGACGUGGUGCUGGUGUCAUCGGGCUUCGAUGCUGUGGAGGGCCACCCGACGCCCCUGGGCGGCUACCAUCUCUCUGCCAAAUGUUUCGGGUACCUGACGAAGCAGCUGAUGGGCUUGGCUGGCGGCCGUAUUGUUCUGGCCCUGGAGGGCGGCCACGACCUCACGGCCAUUUGUGACGCCUCGGAAGCAUGUGUUUCAGCUUUGCUGGGAAACGAGCUUGAUCCUCUCCCAGAAAAGGUUUUACAGCAGAGGCCCAACGCCAACGCUGUCCGGUCCAUGGAGAAGGUCAUCGAGAUCCACAGCCAGUACUGGCGGCCGCUGCAGCGCCUCUGCCCCACCGUGGGGUACUCCCUGGUCGAGGCGCAGAAGCGCGAGAACGAGGAAGCCGAGACGGUCACCGCCAUGGCCUCGCUGUCAGUGGGCGUCGAGGCGGCCGAGAAGAGGCCCGACGAGGAGCCGAUGGAGGAGGAGCCGCCCCUGUAGCCCCCCCGCGGCAGCUGCGGCUCUCCCGUCUGUCCGUCUGUCUGGAGGCUCCGCCCAGCGAGCUGCCGCCCCCGCGCCCUGCCGGCCUUCGCCUGGAGUCCGCAGGCCGCCGGGCCGACCCCCGGCCCGGGACGGACGCGGGGCGCCGCGGCCCCUGGAGGCCCGGGUCGCCGGGCCAGCUCGCCGCGGAGUCGCGCCAUUUCGUUGUCACGAGGAACAGAAUGCAAAUCAAAGACCUAAUGACGCAAACCAAACUUGACGAAAACUGGUGCUCACGUUUAUGGCCCACGGUUCGCAGUCCCGUGUAAACCACUCGACUCAUCUCGUAGCUUAUUUCCAGACCGGAGGGUUUUGGGGUCGCCGCCUGCCUCCCCGCCCGCGGGGGCGGCCCUGGUCCCGAACCUUCGGGACGUGCGAGUUUGUGCCUUUUUUUAUUGCUCUGAUGGAUCUUUGUGGCGGGGUUUUCUGAAGCCCGAGGAACAAUGCCUUAAGAAAAACUAAACAGCGGGAAUCGGCGGGACAGCUUCCUGUGGCUGGGCGGCGGGUGCAGGGGCCGCGCCCUGGGGGGCCGCCCGCGGGGAGCCCUUGUUUCGCUUUAUUGCUGUUUGAGAAAAAUGGAGGUGGUUCCCAAAAAGUGGCAAAUACUGUUGGGGGUUUUUAAGUCCAACAAAUUUUAACUGAAUCCAAAGUGUUCUUUUCUUGUAUAUCAUAUAAUAAUUGAACAUCUCCAUUUGGUUGUGAAGCAUGUCCUAGGCACACUGUCAGUGUUACGACCGGAAUGCUUUUUAUUAAAAGCAAGUAGCAUGAAGUAUUGCUUAAAUUUUAGGUAUAAAUAAAUAUAUAUAUGUAUAAUAUAUAUUCCAAUGUAUUCCAAGCUAAGAAACUUGAUUCUUAUGAAAUCUUGAUAAAAUAUUUAUAAUGCAUUUAUAGAAAAAGUAUAUAUAUAUAAUAAAUGCAGACUGUAAAGGUCCCUGGCAAAUGAAUGACUUGUGAAUUAGAUACCAAGGUGCUUAUGGAAAGGGAUCUAGUUUGAAACAUGUAUUUUUGAACUCCAGAUUGGAUAGCAUUCAGAUCACCAACGCAUUCGCCACUAGGCAACACCCUGCAAGUUUGUAUUUUCAGUUUGAUUAUUUUCUAGCAGAACCCCUUUCCGCUCCAAGCCGCCAUGCACAUAUGUACCUAAUGAGUUUUUAUAGCAAAGAAUAUAAAUUUGCUGUUGAUUUUUUUAUGAGGUUUUCACAAAGAGAUCCUGAAUAAGCAUUGUUUUGUGAAUUUCACUUUUUUUUCCUCACCAUUUAGCAAUUUUCUGAAUGGUAGUAAUGUCUAAACCUUUUUUCUUUCUAAAUUCUUGCUUGUACAUUUUUUUAACUUUUAAAGGUUUUUUAUUAUUUUCAUUUUUGUUUAUUUUUGUACAGUGAGCAGUUUUCCAUGGCAUACAGAACUGUUGCCAUCAGAUUUAUUUUCCAGAAGCAAGCAUUGAAUGGGAAGAGGGGUCUGAGGUCUGCACAGUGACACCAGAGUCCGUUGCAGUAGCUGUAUGCAGAAGCCGAGGGGCUUUUGGCCCCCUUCCCCGCCAGUAGUAUCACAGGGCUGGUGUAUUUCCCUCCGUAGCGUGGGGAGGGUCGCCCGUGACACUGAGCUGGCUGCUUGCUGGGCUCCAUGGGCUGUCAGGGUUCUUGAAAUUCGUGCUUAAACUUCUGACUGCAUUGUCAGGAUAGGGUUUUAACUUCAGUUUUCCAGAGACCCUUUAAGCACGUCGGCAAUGCAUGAGGCCAGAGUGGAGCCCAGUGCCCGUUCUGGGUUUUUCCUGUGGCAGCCACAAAGCCAGGGUUCUGGCGUGGGAGCCGCAGGCCCUGGAUUGUGGAGCCUGUGGCAAGCCUGCAGGGACAGGACAUAUUCCUGAGCAGGACAGCAGUUUUUGUGCUUUUUCUCUUUAACAGUAACUGACCGUCACUUUUUACUGGUAACUUUGUUUCCAGCACUUGAAGCCACCAGUUUCAUCCCAAAGCAUGUGUCGAGUUGAGACUUGUGGAAACUCAGACACAGCGUGCCCGUGGGAGGGGUCCCCAAGCCACGUUUCUGAGUUUGGUAAUGUUUACAGGGUAGCUUCCGAGAGAGACGCGACAACAGCUAGGCUUCUGACCUAGUGAAUCCAAAUGCUUGGUCACUGGGAUGCUGCCGUUCAGGCGCGGGGCCGUGCUUUGCAAGCGGGCCGGAGAGGGCUUGGGCCGUGUUUGACUUCCUCCCGACUGGCUUCUCUGCCCUGGAGCCCAGCUGAGCAGGAAACACCAACUCCCUCCAUCCCCACCUGGCGCAGAGCGGUGGCAGGGCUCCACCGCCGGUCCUCUGACCUCCUCGGCCUGCUCUUUGGCGCAGCCCUGUGGGCCCCGCUGUCUGCCCUCCGCUGCUGGCUGGGCUCUGGGGAGGAAGACAUCAGCUCACAUUCUUCCAGAGGAUGGGAUGAUGUGGACCUCUUGGGAGCCUAGUUUUCACUGGGGGGAUUUUCUUUGACUUUGAUUCAAGGGAGGCGGCCUCUGCCCCGGGGCCUGGCAAGGGGAGCAUGUGUUGUCAGCCCACUCCAGCUCCACAAACAUGCUUAGAGCAUUACCGUGUAGCCUUUUCUUUUCUUGAAGACACACUCAGCCCUCCCCCAGGGCCAGCCAUCCAGGGCAGAUGGCGGAAGGCCCGCCGGAACUCGGCAAGACCGCCGUGUCAGAGAGGGCUCCUCCCACCCCUCUUGGGCCUCAGACCGUUAACCAUUUUUUUCCUUUGCAAAAGCCCUGGGGGCACUGGCCAGGGGUCAGCAAGCGAGCACUUUAUACCCCUGCGCGGGAAGCCCCACAAUGCCACUGAGACUCGUGGGGUCUGCCUCGCAGCCGCACCGUGACAUGCCCGCGCCCCACCAGCAGGCAGCCUUCCCGGGCCACGCCCGGACCAGCUGGGCCUGGCAGCCCCCCUGGUUCUGAAGGGCCACUUUGUCAAAGUAUUUUGGUUUUUCUUUACUUUUAAAAGUCUGUUUCCAGAGGAAGGGCCGUCUUGUAUCGGUCUGACACAAAAGCCAGUCCGAUUCCUUCAGCACUAGCCAUCGAGUUCGUUGUUCUUCUCCUUCAACGGGAACAUUCCUUCUUUCCGCCCACAGCCACGUGCUCAUUCCAUUCUUUUCAUAGACUUUUGGGCCCACGUGUUUUAUGGGUAUUGAUACAUAUAUAAAUAUAUAUAUAAAUAUAUAUGAAUAUAUUUUUUUAAGUUUCUUACACCUGGAGGUUGCAUGGACUGUCCGACCGGCAUGUCUUUAUAUUGUAUACGGAUUUUGCACGCCAAAUUCGGCAGCUUUGGGGAAGAAGAAAAAUGCCUUUUUGUUCCCCCCCCUUUGUGACAUUUACAGACACAAAAGAUGGAAAUUUUUCUGUAAAACAAAGCCUUGAAACAGAGUGGGGGAACGUUUGCGUCUUAUUGAACUUAUUCUUAAGAAAUUGUACUUUUUAUUGUAAGAAAAAUAAAAAGAGCUACUUAAACAUUUGUCAUAUUAAGAAAAAAAAGUUUAUCUAGCACUUGUGACAUACCAAUAAUAGAGUUUAUUGUAUUUAUGUGGAAACAGUGUUUUAAGGAAACUACACAGAAUUCAAAGUGAACUGCCUGUCUCUCUUGGGUUGAUUUGGAGGAGUUUUGGGGUUUUUUGGUUUGGUUUGUUUCCCUUUCUCUCCCAGCACAGGGCAAGGUCCGCGCUGCCCUCCCUGGCCCUGGUGACCAUUUAUUCUGAUGGAGAAUCGGAAUAGCCCUAAAGAGCCCUUUCCACACAGCUGUGUUGACUUUUUAAUUACUUUUAGACAUAUGACUAAGAUUUCACUUUAAGCAGUCGUGAACUGUGCAAGCACUGUGGUUUAAAACUAUACUUUGCAUCGAAAGGAAACCAUUUCUUCCUUGUAAUGAAGUGGAGCUUAUUCCUAGCUCCACUCACUUUGUCUGACAUGAUUAAAAGUCUCCUAUUGAAAGAAAAAGAAAGCGGACAGUUUGUUUGGUUUUUGGUGUGUGUGCUCCAUAGUGGAAGCGCUGUUUUCCAAUUUAUGAGAGUGACAUAUAUAUAUAAUAUAUACAUUAGAGGGGCGUUGACCCUAUUCACCCAAGAGCCACUGCAGACAUGCAGUAGAAGAAGCUGUACUGCUGUCACGUCCUGCGUGACGCCCACUCCCGCCCCCGCCCACCUGCGGGCCCCUCACUGGGAGCGGCAACCUGUUUCUCCUGCAGUUUAACCAGUUGUCUCUGAUUGUCGGCACUCCCAGCGGGUCUUUCUUUUGCUCAGUGGAGAUUUUGUUCUUGGUUUUCUCAUUCUUGUUUUGUGUGGGUGGAUUUUCACUGACAAUGUCCUCCUCUCUUCGCACUUCACCAGAAGUCCAGUAUUUUGUACCUCAUGGGACAACUUGUGCUCUUGUGGUGUAAAUAAAGACAGCGUUGAUUGCCUCCCA